AUGUUCUACAAAAAAGGUACCAGAAAGUUAUUGCGAACAUUGCAGCCGUCCGGCGUCGACAAAGAAAAUAUAGUCGAGACCGGCAGAUUUCAUAAACACGAUUCUGAUCCUAAAAUAUUGAAGCCACAAUUUAAGACUGAAGUAGAUGUUAAAUCCAAUGAAAAUAAGUCUAUAGUUGCAAAAGUAAAUCCAUCUGUCUACAAGAAGUUAAUUAUUGAAGAUCUCACUAGCAUUGUUGGUCCUAGUGAAAAAUAUUGGGAGGUUACUGCAGAACAUCGUAGGAAGGCUUUGGGAGAAGUUCUUGAACAAAAUUGUAAAUUACUUACCAUGGUCAUGGCAUUGGAAGAAGAAAAUGCAUCUUGUAAAAAAUUACUCGAACAAACAACGGAUCUCGUUAACACAUUAAAGGAAGUACUAAAUGAAGAAGCUCAUAAAUCAACUGAAGAUUAUGUCGAUAAUGACAUUUCAUCAAUCAAUUCAAAUCAAAUUAACAGCAACGAUGAUUUUUCUGGCAGCGAAUCUGAAUAA